AGAUUCUCCAACAUGAAGCUCAACAUUGCCAACCCCCUGACGGGUGCCCAGAAGGUGCUCGAAGUCGAUGACGAGCACAAGCUCCGCGCUUUCUACGACAAGCGCAUCUCCCAGGAGGUUGAGGGCGACGUGCUCGGCGACGAGUUCAAGGGCUUCAUCUUCCGCGUGUCGGGCGGUAACGACAAGCAGGGUUUCCCCAUGAAGCAGGGUGUGCUCUCGAACGGCCGUGCCCGUCUUCUCCUCUCCAAGGGCAAGACGUGCUACCGUCCCCGCCGCAAGGGUGAGCGCAAGCGCAAGUCGGUGCGCGGCUGCAUCGUCGGCCCGGACCUUUCGGUGCUCAACCUGGUGGUCGUCAAGGCCGGCGAGGCUGACGUCCCCGGCCUGACCGACGUGCAGAUCCCGCGUCGUCUCGGUCCCAAGCGUGCCUCGAACAUCCGCAAGCUGUUCAACCUGACCAAGGAGGACGACGUGCGCAAGUACGUCAUCCGUCGCAAGUUCGACUCCAAGACGGGCAAGAAGAACGACAAGGCCCCCAAGAUCCAGCGUCUUGUGACCCCGCGCACGCUCCACCACAAGCGCCAGAUCGCCCUCAAGAAGGUGCAGCAGCGCGAGAAGGUGCAGCGCGAGGCCGCCGAGUACAACCGCCUCCACGCUCAGCGCGUGAAGGAGCAGAAGGACCGUCGUGCCAGCGAGAUCGCCAAGCGUCGCAGCAGCCGCAAGGCCUCGUCGGUCAAGGCGUAAGCUGCAACACGCUAGCGGGCUCGGAGCCCUGGGCUCAGCCUCACCUAUUGAAAGGUGGACGGUCCUGGGGCAUCUCUCCUCUGCAAUACGUGUUGUUCCCCGCGCCCUGCUUUCUUGGCAAGGUGUGGGUUCGAAUAACGAACAGGACAAAAGGCAAUACACAAUGCUCCAUUUGGCAAACAAACUUCCUUUCC